AUGAGGAGCUCUGUGGUGUUCUGCCUGGCUGUCAGCUUUGCCAUGUUUGGAUUUGGCCUCUCUCUGCAGUGUUACUCCUGCCCUGAUGGCUCCUCCAGCAGCUGUGAAGUCCAGCAGGAGUGUAACCAGGGUGAAGACAGCUGCCUCAAACUCACCAGUGGUGAAACAACCUACACUCGCUGCAUGAGGUACGCAGACUGUGACUUUCUGACUCUGGCCUCCAGAUAUGUCGUCCCAAACUUCACCUUCUCCUGCUGCCAGUCAAAACUCUGCAACGGUCAGGAGAAAAGUGCAUUUCAGAAAUUUAAGGAAUUCUUUGGUUAA